AUGUUCAGACUACUCGGAUACGCAAUCAUGGCAACACUCGCCAGCGCUCAGGUAAUUAGUCCACCGAGCGGCUGGCCAGUGUUCAAUUACCAGGGUGUCAUCACCGACAAGACUAAAUUGAAAUACAACCCGACUGACGAGUUCAUCUUUCCCAGCGUCUUCCACACGGAGGGGAAGUUAGCCAAGCCUUUGGGAAAGUGGUAUCUUUACUACGCACCGCAUGAGAAUCCUGGUGGAAUAUCCCUCAUGUAUGCUAGUACUCCCGACGGCCCCUGGACUGAGUACGCCAAUAAUCCAGUCAUCAAGAAUGUGUGGAGUCCAUACUAUAGCGUGCCACACGUGUCGAGCCCCGACGCCUAUUGGAAUGCAGAAGCCGGCCGUUUGUGGGUGUACUUCCACGGCACCAAUGCUGAGACACGGUGGGCAGAGACUGAUGACGGCGUGAAUUUCGAAUACGGCGGCAUAGCUGUGACUAAUGCCAUGGGAGGAGUAAAUGUCACAGAGUCAAGUUAUGCGCGUGUUUUCACCCACCCCGACACCACUUCAAACUACAAGUACGCCAUGUUAUAUAUGGGAAAUGAGAAGGACAACAAGCGCCGUAUACGACUUGCCGAAUCGGUGAAUGGAAGAAAUUGGACAGUGGAUUCGAAAUAUGUUGUUGCGCCGGGAUCUGAGGAAGCUGGCAAUGUAUCCGGUCCGAAUUUGUGGGAGUUUGAUGGACAGCUCUACGUUCUGUACCACGCCUCGAGCGGCAAGAGCUAUGCUCGGACUAUCGACAAGACUCUGAGAAAUGUCGGCACCAAGCCAAUCUUGCUUCACAAAUCCAGUGGAGUUGGUAAUGACACAGGGCGUGUGGCCUCGCCAGAUGUUAUUGUGUACGGAGGAGAGACCUAUCUGUUCUACGAGGCGGGUGACCGACUUGGAGCUACCAUCGCUUGGGCUAAGACUUAG